UUGAACAUUUCGUGUGGGGUUGCAGACAGAGUGAAAUGUUUGAAUUGUAAACAUCAAAAUUCUUCUUGUUACGUUAAAUUAUUUGGAAAAAAUAACUACACAUAAGCAAAGUCGAAUAGAAAGUAAAUAUUUAAUUUGAACGGUGCUAACAAAAUUUCAAAAUCAUGGAAAUGCAAAUCGUCUUUGUUAUUUUUAUUUUUACCGUUGUCAACUCGAUCAAGCAGCCCGCCAGCCCGCCUGUCUGGGAAUAUACUUAUCAAUACGAGCUGUUCGAAAAAAUACAGAAUACAGUCUACUAUCUCAAUAGUGACGUCACCUGGAUUCGGGAAAAAUUAAAACAUCCGAAAGGAUCGUGUCCGAACUUUUGGCUCCGUGGAAACAGCACGUGCUAUCUGCUUCCGCUCCACUGGAGACUUGAGUGGAAAAAAGCUCAAACCACGUGCGAGCGUCUGGGAGGAUACCUGGCAGUGGUCGAUACGCCAGUAGAGAAAAACGACAUCAAAGAACUUCUCGACAACGAGAUGGCGCGGAUACUCCACGACGCCGUCGAGUCGCUCUGGGUGGGCGGAUACAUGUUUGCCGACGAUGACGGCAAAUGGCGUUGGGUGGACGGCAAUCCUAUAUCCGCCGACGACGUCGCCUUGCUCUCUGCCGUCGACGCUAGGCAGUGGAGAGACCGCUGCCUUGAGUGGCUGCCGACGGGCUGGUCGGAGGAGGACUGCGUCGUCCGGAAACACAUGCUUUGCGAGAAAGAGAUUUCCUAGAUCAUAGGCAUUUGAACGCUGCCAUGACGUCAAUGUUUUUUAGGCUUUUCUUUGUGUUAUACCUUGUGUUCAAAUAUAUUGCAAUCUAAUA